AAUUUGUUCCCAUGACAACCUUGUAGCCAGCUAAAAAUACAAGAAGUUGUGCAUUGUUUCUCUCUCCACGUAUCAUACACUUGCACAAGACUAUCCAUGGCUAUGAUGCCUACAAGUACCACUUCUCUGGACUGCUCUGUGAAGUCUGCACGCUCCAAGUACAAGAAACAGAAGUUUAAGAGAAAAUCGGCCGUGGAUGAGACUCUGUUUGGGCCACCUGCUCGACUGUCACAGAUGACGGGUAAUCGUUCGUGGGGGAGUUCCUCUACUCCCUCUGUCUCCACGUCUGACGGGGUGAAGACUCGAGGGCAAAGGGUCAGCAAUGAUCCAGAGGUGAUUCAAGUCAUCUCCAAGGACCUCAUCAGGAAGAUCAAGGUCCCCGGCACGCCAGACCCCUCUGGCUUCACCGUGAUUCUGGACAGAGAUGAAUUUUCAAAGAUUCGGACUCGCUCAAAUGUACUCAGUGAGGCCGAGAAGAAGAAACGAGCAGCGGCAGCAAAGGAGGACAAGAACACCAAACUGGAGGCGGUCCAGUUACGCAAACAGGAGAUGCAACAUCUUGAAAUGACUCGAAAGAAGAAUGAAAAACCCUCAGAUCUAGAUCAGGAGAAUCAGGAGAUGGGAUCAGAGCUACUGGCUAAAGCCAAGUACAUGAUGGAGGAGCAAGACGACGAAGUAAAGAAACUGAACGAGCUCAUUCUAAACGCUAAGUGUCAUGCCAUCCGUGAUGCACAGCUGAGAGAGAAAAAGGAGAUGGAGAGAGCCAUGAAGGAUGAGGAGUUGAGACUGGAUGAUAUGAUGGAGAUUGAUCGAAUCAAAUCUCUGCGAGAUUACGAACAAAAACAGAAUAGCAAGGCUCAGCAGAGGCGCAGAGGUGCUGGGAUGAUCCGGGAGCAGAUAGAGGAUCGUGAGCAGCGGCGGCUAUUGGAGGCAGAAAAGAAAGACCAGGAGACUCAGAGCAUGCUGCAUUAUCUGGAGAGACUGCAACAAGAGGACAUGGACAAUCUGGUGAAGAAGAGGGAGGCUCAAGCAAGCCUCAUGGAGGAUGUAGCCUUGUGCAAUGAGGAGAUCCAGCGCCAGAAGCUGGAGCAGAGGGAACAGUUGAAAAUGGAGGACAUUCGUGUGAUGGAGUAUAUCAAAGAGAAGCAACAACGCGAGGAAGAGCAACAAGCUGAACAGGAGGCAGCAAAGGCAGAAAAGGAGAAAGAGAUUGCUCGGCUCAGGGCUCAGCAGGAGAGGGCAAAUGACAAGCAGGCUGAGAAGGAUGCUCUGAGGGCCAAGCGUCGCCACGAGGAGUUUGAGAGAAUGUGGCGAAAGAAAGAACAGGAGGAGGCUAGGAAGAAGGCUGACACUGAGCACAUGUUGAUUGAUUCUCGAAAUAGACAGAUCCAGAACAAGGAGCAUUUACUGGCAAUGCAGGCUCAGAGGGACAGGACAGAGUUUGAGAGAGUCCUCCAGGUGCAACAGGAGCUGGUGAAUACGGACAAGAGCAAGCAGGCUACCGAUGCCCAGCGUCGUCACGCACACGCAGAGGAGAUUCGCAAACAAGUGAGGAAGAAAGAGGAGGAGAGGAUUGGUGCUCGGAGGGGAUUCUUUGAGGAGGGUAAUAAACUGGACCAGGAGGCAAAGGACAGACGCAAGAAAUUGGACGAGAUCAAGCAGCGCAAGCUGGCAGAGUUGAGAGCAGCUGGCAUCCCCGACAAGUACUGUGCCGAGGUCAGCAGGAAGAUCACUGCCCCGCCCGCUUCCUUCACCAUGUUAACAUAAACACGUCACUAAACUUUUUAAUUAGCAGAGACCGUUAAAAACCAUGACAUGCAUAAUCAUAAUUAUGCUUACUGUACUGUGUGCAUAUACACAUGCAUGUACAUAGAUUGCUGUAUAGUAAUUAUAUCGCACAUGUUGUCAUCAAUUAUGCUGUGGUUUUUUCAUUAAUUUAAUGUCAACCAU